AUGGCUCAGACCAUCUUAGUCACAGGUGCGUCAGGGUUCAUCGCCGCCCACGUAGUGGCCACCUUGCUUCGCAGGGGCUACAAUGUGCGAGGAACAGUUCGCAGUGAGAAGUCUGCGGUGGAGGUCUUCCGGACACAUUCCCAGUAUCCCGGUAGAUUGAGCACAGCUAUCGUGCCUGACAUGGCCGCUCCAGGUGCGUUCGAUGAAGCUGUUCAAGGUGUCGACGGGAUCAUACACACGGCAUCACCGUUUAUCCUUGGUGCGAAUGAUUUCGAGACUGAGCUGUUCCGACCAGCCAUUCAGGGCACAGUGUCCAUCCUUGAGGCAACCCAGAAACACAAUCCAGGGGUAUCUCGGAUUGUCAUCACCUCCUCGUUUGCAUCAGUUUUAGAUCCAAGUCAGGGCAAGAGGCCCGGCUACAUUUACACCGAACGAGACUGGAAUCCCGUAACGAGGGAGGAAGCGGGUUCGGGUGACGGCGUGGCGGCGUAUCUUGCCUCGAAAACAUUUGCAGAACAGGCCGCUUGGAACUACGUCAAGGAGAAGAAGCCGAACUUCGGUGUGACCACAUUGCUGCCCCCUAUGGUAUAUGGACCGGUGAUCCAUCAUAUCAACGACGCGAAAUCGCUUAAUACGUCUUCGAAUGACAUUUACCGCCUUAUAAACGGGUCUGAGAAAGAGGUUCCUGAAACUUCUUUCUGGGCGUUCGCUGACGUCCGCGAUCUCGCCGAAGCCCAUGUCCUUGCACUGGAGAAGCCAGCGGCGGCUGGGAAGCGGUAUUUGAUCGCAAACUCUGCAUACAGUUACCAGCAGGUCUGCGAUAUAAUUAGGGAGAACUUCCCGCAGCUCCGCGAGCUGACACCAGCGGGCAUUGCUGGGAACCCCCUUCCUCCGGUCUAUAAGUUGGAUACCUCCAAGGCAGUCCAAGACCUUGGUGUCAAGUUCAGAUCGCUUGAAGAAACCAUAGUCAGCACUGUUGAUAGCCUUCUGCAGGUAGCCAAGUGA